ACAGAUAUCUCCCUUCUUCUUUGCUGCUCAGCAGAGUGAUUAAGAUAAGUAUUUUUUCUCUCAAAACACUAAUAUUAUUUCCAUUGCUUAUUUCAUUAAUUAAUUAUUUAAUAAAUUGUCAUUCCUUUUCUUUUCUCCUUUUAUCAAUAUCUUUCUCCCAUAUCUAGUUCUAUAUAACUAUUUUAUUCUCAUUGCGAUUAUCCUUCAUUCCACAUAUUCUAAUCGCUUUUCCCUGCUUCUCCACGGUUAUUCCGGUUCUCAUUUUAACUCCAUACCCCCCGGUUCAUUCCCCCCCCUUUUUACUUUACCUCACAAUAUUCCUAUUUCUUCUCUUCGCGCCGUUAUCGCAGCCCGAGCGCUCCCUGUAUUCUCCGGCGCUCACGCAAGUCUCGCGAGACUUGCUGACAGAGAGGUCGUCCUCUGUCUGGCGUUCUCGGGAUCUCGUCAUUCUCCUCAGAGUGACAGAACCUGCAGGACGUGUAUUUUCUCCUCACACUGUAUCCUAUUAAUUGUACAAUUUAUAUCUUUUAAAUAGAAAUUCAUUCUGAAACAGUAUUUCUCUUUCCUCUCUUAUCCUAUUCUGCCACCCGGUAGCUGUAUUCAAUAUUCAUAGUUCUUCAUCUUUUAUCAUUAUUGUAACUCAUUUCUCUCUUAUAAUAUUAACUGACUCUAUCAUUAAUUGUUCCUAUAUUCAAUUUAAUUGUCUAUUAGUUUUAAUCCUUAAUUAUACCCUUACAGAUAAUUUUUUUGUUGUGUUCUUCUGCAGUUAUUUGAAAAAUGUCUGAGGAAAAUAAAACUCCAUCAGAAAAUGUUCUCCCAGAGAAUUUACAAUCUCUGGUGGACGCUUCUAUUUCUAAAUCCAUUAAUGUAGCGGUACAAUCCGCAGUCUCUGCUUUGCAGAGCUCUAUUGACAAAUCAGUGUCACUGGCCAUAGCCCGCUCCAAUUCCUCAAACAUGGGCUCUAUACCUCCCUUAACCCCCUCGGACCAAUUCUGGUCCCCAGAGGAGUCCGUGUCCCAAUUGGCUAAGGGACUUAAGGGGCCAGGAAAGGCAAAGGCUAAGAGAAGGCAUUCUACUGACGGCCCCUACUCCGCUAGACAAGGUAAAAAUACCUCAGGAGUACGCCAAGAUUUAUCACAUUCUCAGAAUGCAGAAUUUACUCAAGCCUCUGGCACAGGUGGUUCACACAAACCACAAGACGUACCCUCAACCCGUGAGGAAGCUCAAUCCAGCAGGGUUAAGAAGUCUAGCUUCAGAGCUAAGCCAAACUCCUUCAAGGUAUCCUCAUCUGAAGAGUCAGCUGACUCAGACAUUGGGGACAUUGAUGAGAUACUAUAUGUCUCGGAGGACAGUGAUGCCAAUCAUGAUGACCCUGGCAGUCAGGAAGAAACUAAUUUAACUGAAUCGGGUGACACAUACUUUGACCCGGCAUUGAUAUGUCAUCCACGUUCUGGGGAAUGGCUACCAAAAACAAAGGUAGCCGAAUUCAUUUCACAAUGGGCCAACAAGCCUCUGGACAAACCGUCCCGUAACAAACUAAAAGCAGAAUGUCCUAGACCAACUCUGCCAAACAAUGCCUCUCACACCCCAGAAUUAGAUCCACUCAUUGCAAAAUUUCUCUUUAAAACCGGUAACAACCCAAAAAAGGGAGUGGAUAGAAGUUUCAAGUCCUGUCAGGACAAGUUGAUGGACCUAUUGGGUCCUCUGACAAAAAUUUUAAAUUUAGCAGAAGAGGCAUCCACUUCAGAUACACAGGUGGAUCCUGAAACCCUUAAAGGGUGGGCCCAAAGGGCCAUAUGUAUUUUCGGGAAUGCUAACGCUUCCCUCUCUAACGAGCGUAAACGCUCCAUUCUGUUAAAAAUAGACCCCCAGCUAACCAAUUUGGCCACAGUAGAACCACCAAAUCCCACCAAGGGCAUGCUCUUUGGAGAUGAUUUCAUUAAAGAGCUUAAUAAAUAUGUUGGCCUAUUCUCAUCUCUGAAUAAGGCCCAAGUUUCAAUGAAAAAAGUUUUUUCUCAACGAGUUUUUGGGAAGGCUGGAAGAGGUCGGGGCCGCUCUUCCGGCCGUUCCUCUCAAAGUCAAUAUCACAGAGGCUCCUACUCCCAUACAUCACAAUCCUCAGGCCACUCCUCCGCACCCCCUCCCCCCUUCUUUCCAUACAGGGGCAGACCAUGGAGAACCAGAGGUCACAGAGGAUUUCCUCGUUCAAGACCUCCCACAGCUCCACAAUAGGAUCCCUUCUCCGUUAGUCAUCAACUUUGACGUCACCUCACAGGAUCCACAUUCCUUCGACUUCCAUUCCUCCUACACUAUCUUCGUGAUCAACUUCCUGUAAUUUCUGCCAAUGGAUGGUUUCCGCAAAGAAGAAGGGAGAUAUCUGUGUGUGGGAUACCUUUAUCACCUGUACUACAGUCUGAUUGGCUAAUGUCACGGGACUUCAUGCUAGGUUGCACCCUAGGUUGCAUGUUCAUAUACCCUUUGUUAUAUUGUAAAAAAGUCUUUUUUCUGUUAAUACUUACAUUACAUACUAGCUGCUGAGUUUCAGUAAAGAAG